CCAGCGCUCGGCGCUGACCUGAGCGGGGGGCUGCUUGGGGCUCCCCCACCUCCCCGUGAGCCACUGCCCUGGGUGGGCUCCCGCACCCGGGGAGGCCGGAGGGGGCGCGCGGCGGAGGAGCUGGAGCUGAGUAGGCCUUGCCUCUCCAGGCCCCUCCUCCUAGCGUGGAAAUGCAGCCCACGGCCACCAUGGCCACAGCCGCCACCACCAUCGCCACAGCCGCCCUGAGCACGACCUGGGACAACGCCACCAGCCGCCCCACCGCGGAGCCUGACCCCAUCCUGGACAACUACGUGCUGCUGGUGGUGGUCAUGUCGCUGUUCGUGGGGGGCACGCUCGUGGUGCUGUCGGGCGUGCUGCUGCUGUGCAGGCGCUGCUGGGCCGUGCACCGGCGCCUGGACAGAGCCAUGGAGGAGGCAGAGAAGACCACCACCACCUACCUGGACAACGGGGCUCACCCCACCCCAGACCCCGACUUCAGGGGGGAGGACCCUGAGGGCCAAGAUGCCGAGACGGAGCGCUUCCUGUCCACCGGCUCCACCGGCCGCCGUGUGUCCUUCAAUGAGGCGGCUCUGUUUGAGCAGAGCCGGAAGACGCAUGACAAGGGCCGCCGGUACACCCUGACGGAGGGGGACUUCCACCACCUGAAGAACGCCCGCCUCACCCACCUGCACCUGCCUCCGCUCAAGAUCGUCACCAUCCACGAGUGUGACUCGGGUGAGGCCAGCGCGGCCACCACACCCCACCCCAUGGCCACUCCCAAGGCUAGCCUCGCCAUAUUCCAGCCCGCGGGGAAGGCCCUCACCGGCCGCUCCGUGGGCCCCAGCUCCGCCCUGCCAGGUGAUCCCUACAACUCGGCUGCCGGCCCUGCCGACUUUGAGAUCAGCCCCUCGGCAUCCAGUGACUCUGGGGAAGGCACCUCGCUGGACGCGGCUGCUCAGAGCGCCAAGGCUGGCGGGCCGGGGGCCGCAGCGGGGCCGGGGGAGACGAGCCCAGGCUCCGGGGCGGGCCCCGUCCUGCAGUUCUUCACCCGCCUGCGGCGCCAUGCCAGCCUGGACGGGGCGAGCCCAUACUUCAGGGUCAAAAAGUGGAAGCUGGAGCCCAGCCAGCGAGCAUCCAGUCUGGACACGAGAGGCUCCCCCAAACGACACCACUUCCAGAGGCAGCGGGCAGCGAGCGAGAGCACAGAGCAGGAGGACGGGGACGCCCCCCUGGGGGACUUCAUCCAAUACAUCGCCAGCGCAGGCGACGCUGUGGCCUUCCCACCCCCCCGCCCCUUUCUGGCCAGCCCCACCAGCCCGCCCCCCGCUCUCGGCAGGUUAGAGGCGGCGGAGGAGGCGGGCGCCGCGGGAGGAGUGAGCCCCGAGUCUCCCCCGGAGCGCAGCGGCGGCAGCGCGGGGCCUGAGCAGCAGCAGCCGCAGGAGUCAGACGGUGAGCGGGAGGCGGGGCCGGAGCAAGCCCAGACCAUCUACCACGACAUCUGGAGCCUGCGCGCGUCGCUCGAGCUGCACGCGGCCGCCGCCUCGGACCACAGCAGCAGCGGCAAUGACCGAGACUCGGUGCGCAGCGGCGACAGGAGCGUGGCAGAUCGGCUUCCUCGGGCUCCUGAGGACCACGUUCAACUGCCCUGGACCCCAGACAGCGGCCUCUGGGUGGUGGCGGGGUCCAUCGUGCGCACCGCACCGCGUCUGGGGCGCAUAGACAGGAGUUGUAUGCGCGGGGCCUGCAUCCCAAAGACCGAGCAGGCCGACUGCGCGAGGUGCAUGCGCAGAACGGCCCUCCCAGGGCCAACUGAGCCUCGAAGUGCGUGUGGUCUGCCCGCGCCAGGGCGCAUGCGCCGAGCCCGCAUGGGCAGGGACCGCGGGGCGCUGAGGAUCCGCGAAGAGCUCGCCGGUCCUAGGUUGGGAGGUUGGCUGGAGGCCGCGGCCGCCAACCCCCCGAAGCCGUUUACCUCACCGCGGCGUGUGCUCGCGGCAGUCCGCGCCCCCUCCGAGCAAUAA